UUUUAAGUAAAAUAUAAAUCAGUCAAGGCUCAUUAUAAACAAAUAAAGACAUUUUGAGCACCAUAUAAUUUAUUUGAAAACACCUAUAAGUGAUUUUAUUUGAAAUUUAAUUGUGAUACACUAUGUUGAAGUUAUUUCAGUUAUCAAAACCCAUCAAAACAAUGAGAACUUUGUCAAUUCUUUCAUCAAGACUUAAAAGUGAUAAACAAUGUAGCAGUGGUGGCAGAGGAAAGAGAGAGGAGGACAGGUCAGGAGACGGCUGUCCACCUAAGAUUGCCAUCAAUGGGUUUGGCAGGAUAGGACGGUUGGCAUUGAGAAUAGCUGUGGAGCAUGGAUGUCCUCUUGAGGUUUCAGAUCGUUGCAGUCAAUGACCCUGGGAUGAAAACAGAUCAAAUGGCGUACCUGUUGAAGUAUGAUUCGACUCAUGGAAGAUUUGUGGGUGAUGUGACAGUUGAGGGGAGCGAAAUGAUUGUGGAUGGUAAAUCUAUAUGCACUUACAGUGAGGGAGAUCCUAGAAACAUUCCAUGGAAGGACCUUGAGGUAGAUUAUGUUAUAGAAUCAAGUGGUAAAUAUACAACUGCAAAAAAAGCUCAGGCUCACAUAGCAGCUGGGGCUAAAAAGGUUGUGAUAACUGCCCCCUCCUCUGAUUCACCUAUGUAUGUGGUCGGUGUAAACCUGGAUGCAUAUGAUUCAUCCAAGAAAGUUAUUUCUUGUGCUUCUUGUACAACCAACUGUCUUGCCCCUCUGGCAAAGGUUGUGCAUGAGAAUUUUCAGAUAGUUGAAGCGCUCAUGACAACUAUACACAGCAUUACUCCAUCACAAAAAACAUUAGAUGGACCUGCCACAAAGAAUUGGCGAGUGGGUAGAGGAGCUCUGCAGAAUAUGAUUCCAUCAUCAACAGGAGCAGCCAAGGCUGUAGCCAAGGUGCUGCCGGACUUGGAAGGUAAAAUGACAGCAAUGUCUGUGAGAGUCCCAGUUGCAAACGUCUCUCUUGUCGACUUGACGUGCAGGUUAAAGAAAAAAACAUCAUUGGACGAUAUAAAAUGUGUACUGUGUGAAGCUAUGGAGGGACCAAUGAUGGGGAUCAUUGAUAUGACCAAUGAUGAAGUUGUUUCCUCUGACUUCAUUAGCUCUCACUACUCUUGUGUCUACGAUGCCAAAGCUAGUCUGGCUCUCAAUGAUAAUUUCGUUAAGUUGAUAGCAUGGUAUGACAACGAGUAUGGAUACACAUGCAGAGUAAUUGAUCUUAUUAAGUUUAUGCAUGCAGAAGGAACAUGUUGAAGAAACAAUCACUAUCAUACCUACUACUGUUGAAGUAUUCUGUUUGGAUUUUGUUGCUCAAAUGUGCCUUUCGUGUUUGUUUAUGACAAUGAGUUGGGUACUAUUAAAUUCUUUGUUAUGUUUGUACCUACAUAUGUGGAUAAAACUUCUAUACAAGUUUAUGUAAUUUGGUGUCAAAGCAUUUUAAAAUAAAGAAACAAUUUAUUACCUUAA